UCUCAAUCACUUCAAUGUUUGCAGAGUCAAUGGACCAGUGACGCUGCAAAGUGAAGAUCAACAAGAGCUCGAGUAUCCCGCCUGUGUCUCGCUCCCACCGCGGUAAACAUGAGACUCACAUAACAGCAGAUUGGCGGUGGGACAAACAGCAAGCACGCAAGCAAGGGAUGAAGACAACAUAGCGAUCACCUCAAGGAUUAUUUAUUCACUUUGCUGCUUCCGGAAUACAAAGGUGGAAAAGUGGUCAUCAUGAAAGGCAGUGAGGUGGCGCCCUCGGCGAUGGUCAAGUUCUUUGGUGCUGGCACUGCAGCCUGCAUUGCUGACCUGGUCACCUUUCCAUUAGACACGGCCAAAGUGAGACUGCAGGUUCAGGGCGAGAUUCGCAAAGCUGACGGUGCCAAUGCAAGAAAGUAUCAUGGGGUUUUUGGCACCAUUAGCACAAUGGUGCGCACCGAGGGACCCAUGAGUCUUUACAACGGACUAGUCGCAGGACUGCAGAGGCAGAUGAGCUUCGCCUCCGUGCGAAUCGGUCUUUAUGACUCCAUGAAACAAUUAUACACUCGAGGCACCGAAAGUUCGGGCAUCGUCACGAGGCUCAUGGCGGGCUGCACCACUGGCGCCAUGGCUGUGGCUUUGGCACAACCAACCGACGUAGUGAAGGUUCGCUUUCAAGCUCAGGCGCGCCUGGCUGACGGUGGGAGGAGAUACAACGGUACUCUGGAUGCUUACAAGACCAUCGCCCGGGAUGAGGGAGUACGAGGGCUUUGGAAAGGGUGCACGCCCAACAUCACCCGUAACGCCAUUGUCAACUGUGCAGAGCUGGUGACCUAUGACAUCAUAAAAGAGGUCAUCUUGAAGUAUAACUUAAUGGCAGACAAUCUGCCGUGCCAUUUCACCGCUGCCUUCGGCGCAGGCUUCUGUACCACGGUUGUGGCGUCGCCUGUGGACGUCGUUAAAACACGCUUCAUGAAUUCCAGCGCCAACCACUACAGCAGCGCCGUCAACUGUGCUGUCACCAUGAUGAAGAAUGAAGGACCCGCCGCCUUCUAUAAAGGGUUUAUGCCUUCUUUUCUGCGUCUGGGUUCUUGGAAUAUCGUCAUGUUUGUCACCUAUGAACAAAUCAAACGUGGCGUGACGCAGUAUUGGGAGUCACCUUUUUGAAGCCUCAUCCAGCAAGAAUCAACACACAGACCAAAGAUUCAUGCAAGUGGACAGUGAUGACGAGUGGUUAGUUGCCACUGAGUACAAAGAGAAAUCGUUUUUUGGGGCUGGGGGGCGGGGCCAGGUGGUCACAGCUCAGGUAGAUCAGAGGUCCACAAAUUCCUGCUGGAAUUGGGAAUUGUUGCAAGCCCUCCUUUUGCAAUUUAGUUAAGGGCCCAAAUAUGCAGAUCCAAAUUGGGUGUCUGCUUGAAAACAGGAUGUUUAUGUUUACAAAAACAAACGAGCAGAUCAUAUGGAAGUGUUGCUUACGUUUGUACGGUAUUUCUUUCUUGAGACCACACACAACAAGUAGACUAAAAUAUGAUUGGUUUGUUUUUGGAGUGUCACAGUUCCUGCUUGUGAGCCCGGGUUUAAUGAUAGGAAAUGCACUGAAAUACAUUGAUUUGUUGCUGGUCAAUAAAUUCUAAACAUGUGACAAAAGUGUUAAGAAGGUACAAUAAAGCAUCAUUUUUGCAAACAA